AUGAUUAGCCAGCGGAACUUCUCCGUCAGGGCGGCGAAGAGGAGGAGAAACGCCCGUAAGGGGCCCCAGCAGAACGCCCGGCUCGACCUGUCUCGGAUCCUCAGGACGGAGGCCGCCGUCCUCGGAGUCGAGCGCAAGGCCGGCUCUGCCAAGUUCACCCGCCUCUGGCCCAGAGCAGUGCUUGAGGCGCUCGAUAAUUCCAUAUCCGCUAACCAAUGGGAAUCCGCUCUCAAGAUCUUUGGACUGGUUCGGAGACAGCAUUGGUAUCAGCCAAUUUCCCGAACCUAUGCAAGGCUAUUAACCAUGCUGGGCAAGUGUCGACAACCUGAUCAUGCAACUUCACUUUUCAGAGUGAUGCUGUACGAGGGCCUCAAACCAACGCUUGAUGUUUACACAUCACUUGUUGGCGCAUAUGGUCAUAGUGGCCUGCUAGACAAGGCAAUUUCUACACUUGAGGAGAUGAAUGCAAUUUCUGAUUGUGAACCAGAUGCUCAUACAUACACCGUCCUCAUUAGCAGUUGUUGCAAACUUAGGCGCUUUGAGUUGAUUCCGCAAUUGCUUAUGGAAAUGUCUUAUUUGGGGAUCGAGCCGAAUACAGUUACUCAUAAUACCAUUAUAGAUGGUUAUGGGAAAGCUAGGAUGCUUGAGGAGAUGGAGAGUCAUUUGUAUUUGUCAAAUCCAAUGAUAUCGACAAUCAAUGUGCUUUAUACGGUAUUGGAGACUUGCAUUUUUGGCUAA